CACGACAUCUAAACAGUAAAGAAGGAAACCGAAGAUUUAGAGAUGAUUGAAGAAGUCCAUUUCUAUAUCAGAUAACAAGCCUUUUCUUAUCUGGGGAAGAGGAUGGGUCAAAGUAAGAGGCUUUUCGAGUUUUGGAACAAUUCAUCUCUGGGAAUAAGAUAUUAACAAGCACAUAGGAGACCUGGUAUAGGUCUGGCCGUGUUGCUUAUCACAGAAAAUUUAAUACUGGGUCAACAUCACCAUCUUCUAUAAAAAGGGAUCACUUCUCCAUGCAAGACAUCCCGCUCCUAUCUCAAGCAAACAAAAGAAGAGAAGAUAUCGAAGCCCCAACUCUCCGGUGCACAACCCCAAUGAAGUUUCUUCCAACUUGCCUUCUCAUCCUUGCUCUGGCAACAGCCACCGCUUUUGCCUAUGACCCCAGUCCUCUUCAGGACUUCUGUGUGGCCACAAAUUCCGUUUCUUAUGCAGUAUUUGUGAAUGGAAAGUUUUGCAAGGAUCCAAAACAAGUCACAGCAGAUGAUUUCCUCUUUAAGGGGUUCAGAUACCAGGGGAAUACUGCAAACCCGCUCGGAUCGAAAGUCACCCUCGCUUUUGUGGACCAAUUCCCAGGACUCAACACUCUCGGCAUUUCCAUGGCCCGUAUUGACUUCGCUCCGGGUGGCCUGAAUCCUCCCCACACUCACCCUCGUGGGUCCGAGAUUCUGGUCGUCGCUGAGGGCACGCUACUCGUCGGCUUCGUCACGUCCAACCAAUUAAACAACACUCUCUUCACCAAAGUCUUGUACAAAGGGGAUGUGUUUGCGUUCCCAAUCGGUCUCAUCCACUUCCAGCUGAACAUUGGAAAGACCCCCGCACUGGCCUUUGCUGCUCUGAGCAGCCAGAACCCAGGAGUCAUUACCAUCGCUAAUGCGGUGUUCGGAUCGAAGCCGCCCAUAUCGGCCGAUGUUCUCACCAAGGCCUUCCAAGUGGACAAGAAGGUUGUUGACUACCUCCAGGCGCAGUUUUGGUACAACAAUUAAGCGGAUACGUUGACCUCCAAGACAUCGGAUUACCCCUACAUUGUCCACACAUGAUUGCUUAGUUUGACAAUUGUUUCUAAAUAAGAGAAGUGCUCUUUGUUAAUGGCGAAUGUUUCAGUACUACAGGAUCAUUCUUUAUGAUUGAUUCGAACCAGACUCGCUUAGGUUUAUGUGUAUUUGAUUUCUUCUUUCACUUCCAACAGAUACUGCAGUUGCACUUUCUCCCAAAGAACUCUUUAUUGCUCAUGUUUUGUGCUGGAGUUCGUGUUGGAUAUCAGAAUGUGUGGUCAUCUGUUGUCUCCGUUUGCAUGGAUUGUGAUACAACU